AUGAAAGUGUAUGAAUACAGUAAACCGCUGUACGGCUUGUUGUUGUACACGAGAACAUUUGCGUAUUGGAAGCAGAUGGCCGAAUCAUUGUCUACACGCCGCACGCCGGUGACUAUGCUAAGCGGCUUCUUAGGUGCAGGUAAGACUACCUUACUGCGCUACGUCCUGGAGAACUCUCCUGAGAAGAUCGCAUGCAUCGUAAACGACGUCGCGUCGGUGAACAUCGAUGCAAAACUUGUCCGCAAUGACAAAAAUCGCGGCUCAAGCAACACUACAGCCGAUCUGACCGAUACAAUCGAGCUGGCGAACGGAUGCGCGUGCUGCAAUAUCCAAGAUGAGCUGUUUGCGUCCUUUGAGCAAGUUCUAGCUCUGGCGGAUAAGAGAGGAGAACCUUAUGCCCGGAUUGUUCUGGAAAACAGCGGAGUUGCGGAGCCGCAAAACAUCCGUGAUAAGUUCAAUGAGGCGGAGUCCGCGGGUCACCCACUGAUGGACCGCGUAGAGCUGGACACCCUAGUCACGGUUGUGGACUGCGGCUCCUUCCUGAAGGACUGGUCGACUCGUGCAUGUUUGGCUCAGCGACCCGACCUGGGAGAGGGGGGUGGACUGAGACCGGUGGUGGACCUGCUGGUGGAGCAAAUCGAAUGCGCGGACUUUGUGGUCCUCAACAAGACGGAUAUGCUGAAUGACGCUCAGCGGGAGGAGCUCACGGCCAUUGUGGCCUCUCUCAAUCCCCUGGCAACCGUCAUUCCCUGCACACAGGGCAAGGUGCCUAUCGAGCGCGUGUUUGGUCGCGACGUGCACAGCGUGGUGGCCAAGCUCAACAUUGAGGGGCAGCACCGGGGUGCAGUGGCCGCAGCAAAGAGCCGAAUGGCGCUCGAGGAGGCAGAGAUGAAGCGGGAUCAGGAGAAGCAUGAACACGACCACAAGCACAGCCACGGCAAGGAGGACGACUGCGAGGCUUGCAAGCACGGCCACAAGCACGAGCACAAACACGAGCACAAACACGAGCACAAGCAUGAGCACAAGCACGAGCACAAGCAUGAGCACAAACACGCCGAGGGCGAGAAGGUGGAGGACUGUAAGGCUUGCGAGGAGGAGAAGGCGGAGGGCCACAAGCACCACCAUCAUCAUAAGCAGCACAAGCACAACCAUGAGGAGGACGGGGAGCGCCAUGACAACUGCGAGGCGUGUGAGGAAACGGAGGGAGACGAUCACAAGCACCAUCACCACCACCAUCACCAUCACCACCACGAGCGCGGGGAGACACGGGCCGCCACUCGCUUUGGCAUCCGCAACUUUGUAUACUCCCGCCGGCGUCCCUUCCACCCGCAGAGGCUGAAGGAGAUGGUUCUCAAGUGGCUACCCGUGACAGUGAACCAGGCCAUUGACGGGGAGGCGCCCGAGGAGGGGGAUAGCCCCAUCAAGACGGUGAUGCGCUCCAAGGGCUUCAUGUGGCUGUCCUCCAGCCACACCACCGCCUACUACUGGAGCCACGCGGGACAGCACUUUGAGAUUCGUGACGAGGGCGACUGGUGGGCGGCGGUGCCGUCGGAAGACUGGCCCGCGGAUGCGGCGCAGAAGGACAUCAUCCUCAACGACUUCGACGACGCAACCGACAUGGGAGAUCGCCGGCAGGAGAUCGUGUUCAUUGGAGUCAACAUGGACGAGGCUAAGAUCAGCGCCCAGCUGGACGGUGCGCUGUUGACAGACGAGGAGGUGGCCAAGUACAAGGAGCGCUGGGCUGCUCAGGCCGACCCACCUCACAUCGAGGUGGAAGCCCGCCGAGCUGCCAAGCGCGCCAAGGCGGCGGAGGUUUGA